AUGCCGGUAACACCACGGAAAUCCAACACCCAGGGGAGUCAGAAGGACUCGUCGCAGGACAAGGACAGGCCCAAGAAGGCUGCACCUAAGAAGCCCACCGCACCGGCUGGCAGCGAUCUGCGAGGAUGGUUCAAGCCUGGGACAUCGACGCCGUCUAGGCCCAAAGAGGAGGUCAAGCCCAAGGCUAAGGGGACUGGUGAUGAGCCGAUCAUGAUUGAUGAGAGCGAUGAUGAGGUUCCGGUGAAGAAGCCAGCGUCACGGGCGCCACCCAAGCCGGAACCCAGCAAGGCUGCGACAACCAGCAAGCACUUCCCAACUGCCUCAAGCUCGAAGCGACCCAUCGCCGUGGAAUCCAGUCCAGAGCCAGAGCUGGAGCCGGUAAAGGUGCAACCCAAAAGGUCUACCCCUAGAGCUGCGAAGACGGCCGCCAAGCGCAACAACCUCGUCGAGUCCUCUGACGAAGAUGACAUCAAGCCGAAGCGCCGUACACCUGCCAAACGAGUGGCAACCGAGAGUGAAGACGAAGGCCGUCCACCGAAGAAGGUGCGGGGGAAGGAGGCUCCGGCUGUACGCGACAGUGACGAGGAGAUGAGUGAGGAAGACGUCAAGCCGAAGACGGCUGCUCCCAAGAAGGCACUGGCGAAGAAGCCUCCCGCCAAGAAGCCAGUUGCCAAGGCUGCGCCGGCCAAGAAGCCUGCCAGCAAGGACAAAGGAAAGGACGAGGACGUUGAGGACGGCAAGGACGACAAGGACGAAAAACCCAAGCCCAAGUUCAACUUCCAUGCCAUGGCGGCUCGGCGAGCCGCUGGCCCAGCCGCCCCGGGGUCCAAGCAGAUUCCUGACGGCGACCCAGCUGCGUUGGCUGGCCUCUGCUUCGUGUUCACCGGCGAGUUGGAGUCGCUGGGGCGUGACGACGCCAUCGAGCUUUGCAAACGCUAUCAUGGACGCGUGGUCGGGACACCAUCUGGCAAGACCGACUAUGUAAUCGUUGGCGAGAACGCAGGCGCGUCCAAGAUCGCUAAGAUCAAGGAAAAGGGCAUCAAGACGCUCACAGAGGACGAGUUCCUGGACCUCAUCCGCACGCGCAAGGGCGUACUUGAUGACAAGCAGCAGAAGGCGCUCGAGAAGAAGGAGCAGGAGGUGAUUAAGAAUGCCGAGGAAAUGGCCAGGCGUGAGGAGGAGGAAGAGAAGCACCGGAAACGCAAGGAGAAGGCUCUGGCUGGGACAGGCCUGGCAGCUAAGAAGGCUGCCCCUGCUUCAGCGCAGUUGUGGACCACGAAGUACGCGCCCAAGACCAUCAAGGAGGUUUGCGGCAACAAGUCGAACAUUGAGAAGCUGCAGACGUGGCUUGCCAACUGGCAGAAGAGCUACAACUCGGGCUUCAAGAAGCCUGGCAAGGACGGCAGCGGGCUCUACCGCGCCGUUCUCAUAUCGGGCCCGCCAGGUAUUGGCAAGACGACGUCAGCCCACCUCGUCGCGAAGGAGUCGGGUUACUCACCACUCGAGCUCAACGCAAGUGACACACGCAGCAAGAAGCUCCUUGAGAACGGCACCAACGUUGACAACACGUCUCUCGACGGCUUCUUCCAGGGCAAGGGCGUUAGGGUUCGUUGCAAUGACGUGGAGAUGCUAAAGUUCCAGAGUACGACCGUUACCGACCUCAACUUGAGCAAGCGCACAUGCCUCAUCAUGGACGAGGUCGACGGCAUGUCAGCCGGCGACCGCGGCGGUGUGGGCGCGCUCAACGCGCUAAUCAAGAAGACGAAGAUCCCCCUCAUCCUCAUCUGCAACGACCGGAACCUCCCCAAGAUGAAGCCGCUCUGGGGGACAACGUUCAGCCUCGCGUACAGGCGGGAGAAGCUCAAGAUCCCCGCCAACGUUGUUGAUGAGCUCGUCAAGGGUGCCAACUCCGAUAUCCGCCAAGUGCUCAACAUGCUCUCGACGUACAAGCUCGGCAAGAGCGAGAUGGACUUUGACGAGGGCAAGGAGCUGAUCAAGAUGAACGAGAAGAAUACGAUCAUGACCCCGUUCACCAUCACUGAUAAGCUCUGCGGGCCGUACUCGUUCGCCCGUACGAGCAAGGAGACGCUCAACGACAAGAUGGACCUGUACUUUCAAGACUUCUCGUUCGUCCCCCUGUUCAUCCAGGCUGCAGACUCGAUUUCUGACGGCGACCUUGUCGACCGCCUCAUCCACGGCGGCGAGCAGCACUGGUCUCUCCUCCCAUUGCACGCUGUCACCUCGACUGUGCGACCAGCCUAUCACAUCUACGGAAUGAACCGCCCGACCGGGGGAAGUGGGUGGGGCGGACCCUCCUUCCCACAGUGGCUGGGUCAGAACUCGAAGAUGGGCAAGCUGCAGCGCGAGCUAACCGACAUCCAGAUCCGUAUGCGCUUGAGAGUCUCAGGAUCACGUGAUGAGAUCCGACAGCAGUAUAUGCCGUUGCUGGCUGGCAAGAUCGUCAAACCGCUGAUGGACGAGGGGUCCGAGGCGAUCGACGGAACGAUCGAGACGAUGGACGAGUACUACCUCGGCAAGGAUGACUGGGACGCGUUCGUCGAGCUCGGCGUCGGCGACAUGUCUGAGGAGAAGGUGCUCAAGAUGAUCCCCUCAGCGACAAAGGCUUCGUUUACGCGCACAUACAACAAGCGCGACCACCCUAUCGCAUUCCACAAGGGCGACAUGUUUGCAGCCUCGCGCAAGAAGGUUGCUGCUGAAGGGGAACAGCCAGACAACGACGCCGUGUUCGAGGACGACGCGCCUCCACCUGACGACGAGGAUGACAAGAAGGCUGAGGACGAGGUCAACGACGUGAGCAAGGACAAGCUCAUCAAGGCUGUUGGUAAGGGCAAGGGCAAGGCUGCUGCAGGCAAGAAGGCGGCCGCAAAGAAGAAGUAG